GGGUUCAUGUUUAUGGAAAAAUCGCAGAUUGAUACACUUUUGAAAACACUAUAUUGACAGCGAGCUGUUAACUUGCUCGUGAGUUCACACAGCUAUAAAUCAGAGUUUUAAUUAUUUUUGCAAAUAUCAAACUAAAUCCUGACAGAUUAUAAUUUUAGCACAGGAAAGUUAUUUUUCCCUCUGACAUGUUAACGUUUCGUCUGAUGAACCUAAUACUCUUUGGGUGAUUUUGGUUUGUGUUUUGCGUUGUGUGUGUGUGUGUGUUUUUUUUUUCUCCUCUGAUGAGCAUCAGUCAUGGUUGACGAUUUAACCAGAGUGUGAAGCACUGAAGUCCACUCAAGCGUGCUAAAACCUAACUAAGUCGGUUCUUUUGUUGUGGUUGCCGGUGAAACAAUAUUCCCAGCCAAUCAGAGGGCUCGAAAUGAUUUAUUUAUGUCUCACGAAACUUGACUGGAGUCAAGAAACUACAAGAAAGAGAGCAGCUUAUCGGACCAUCCGCGUGGGUGAAAUGAGGGAAAGUAUAGAGCCCAAGUAGGAUAACAGAUAGCGCCAAAGUUUCCUCGGCGACCGAAAGCGGAACCAAGCAUUCACGAAUUUCGCACGUGUAUGGUGUGACGUAAGGGCGAUCGUAAACAUGGCCGACGGUAAUUUAGUGGGCUUCUCAAAAUCAUUAGCGGUCUCCGAAAAAAAGGACGCUUGGUACCUACGGUCGUAACUACCAGUCUAUCGAUAUAUCUUUAAAGGAUUUUUUGGCGUUUUCAUUUUUAUUCGCCAUGAAACCAAGACAUAUGAGUAUCCGUGGCGUUGUGACGAUGUUUGGUGGUUUGAUUUUUGGCUUCACGGUGGCUUUGUUCCUGCGGCAAAAUCUCUUGCCUGUCCAGUCCAGGCGAUGCCAUAUGAACUUCGUGAGAGACGUGCGGCCCAAAACGAUGGCUAAAGAGCUUAGCUCUCGGCAUCUUAUUUUCAUUGGCGUCAUGACGGCGGAAAAAUUCCUAGACUCGCGAGCGAAAGCGGUGUAUGAUACUUGGGGCAGAAGCGUCCCAGGGAAGCUGGAAUUUUUCUCCAGCGGCAUGUCCCAAAAGAAGAUGGAGCUUCCCGUGGUUAGUUUACCGGGAGUGGACGAUUCGUACCCUCCUCAGAGAAAGUCCAUGAUGAUGUUGAAGUACAUGCACGACAACUACAUCGAGCAGUUCGACUGGUUUAUGCGUUCCGACGAUGAUGUUUACAUUAGAACUGAGAAACUCGCGAGUUUCCUUCACUCCUUGAAUAGUUCUCAAGACAUUUACCUCGGCCAAGCUGGCACGGGAGCGAAGGACGAAAAGGGCUUAUUAGGCCUAGGCUGGGGAGAUAAUUUCUGUAUGGGUGGCCCUGGAGUGAUAAUGAGCCGGAGCGUUUUAAAGAAGGUUGUACCUCACAUAGAAUAUUGUCUGAAAAAUCUGCUCACGUCCCACGAAGACGUCGAAGUUGGACGAUGUAUCAAACGUUUUGUUGGGAUUCCGUGCACUUGGUCUUUUGAGAUGCAAGCUCUAUUCUACCACAAUCAGAGCAAAACACAAGCGUUCCACGGGAACCUGGACACCAAGUCUGUCCGUAAAGCCAUCACUUUGCACCCGGUAAAACAGCCCUCCUACAUGUACCGCCUCCAAUCACACUUCAUGACCAUGCGCAUUCAAGAUCUUCAGCACCAAGCAAUCAAACUCCAGAGAGUCCUCAAGAACAUGGAUCGACUGCUGAACGCUACUAUAAGCUCACUUUCAACUGAGGAGAAAACAAACCUGCAGGGCGCGCGAGAUUUUCAUCAUCAGCUCAGCGCAAAGUACUCCGAGCCGUGGGACAUGUUCACCGCGCAGAAGUAUUACUCCGAAGCUACGCUUCAACCUCCAGAGACGGGUAUGCGAGACCCGUGGAAAGACGGGCUUAAUCACGUGCUAGGGCAGACAAUGGGACUGAUAAAUGAAGAGGCGAAGCGAGUUCUUCAUCGCAGUCUCGAGUUCAAGAAACUCAAUCAUGGUUACAUGCGAGUGCAUCCACUUUACGGUGCUCAGUACGUCAUGGACAUGCUCAUGAAGUAUCACCGACACAUAGGGCACAACCGCAGGCGCAUGACCGUGCAUGUACGUCAUCAUGCCUUCUUACAAUUGCCCUUUGGUAACAUGGUCUACCGCGCUGAGCCCCUUGUAAAAGAGGUCCCCACGGUGCAUUUCAUUCUUCCUUUGACAGGUCGCAUUGGAACAUUUCGCCGAUUCAUGGAGAAUUUCGAGGACAUUUGUCUCAAAAAACGCGAGAACGUUAAACUUCUCGUGGUUUAUUUCCCUUCUGUCUCUCCUCCUCACGAACAUAAAACUGUAAUGAAGGCCUAUGAGACCAAAUACCCCGAAGCGGAUUUGUUGUGGCUUGAAGCUAUUGGAGACUUUUCACGGGGCCUGGCUCUUUCCCUUGGAGCAAAUCAGUUUGAGAGGCAAGCUUUGCUGUUCUUUUGCGACGUCGAUUUGGUUUUUAACGCCGAGUUCCUUUAUCGGGCCCGUAUGAACACGGUCCUCGGUCAGCAAGUUUAUUAUCCUAUGGUCUUUAGUCAGUUCGAUUCAGAGAUAACGUACCCUAACCAUACGGAACCCGACACCCAGUUUACGGUGAACAAGGACGCUGGUUUUUGGAGAGCUUAUGCUUUUGGUAUAGUCGCAGUUUAUAAUCACGAUCUACGCUCUGCCGGGGGAUUUGACACAACAAUUCAAGGAUGGGGACUGGAAGAUGUGGACUUGUACGAAAAGUUUGUUAAACAUGAGGAGAUCAGUGUUUUCCGCGCGGCAGAUCCUGGUCUUGUUCAUGUUUAUCAUCCCGUAAUCUGCGAUCCUAAACUUGUGGAUCGUCAAUACGCGAUGUGCCAAGGGUCAAAAGCCUCAGGUUUUGGCUCGGAGAAGUCGUUAGUCCGGCACAUGUUAUCAAAAGGCUAUAUAAAAAGAUAAUUGUAAUAUCCAGUCCUGAUUAAGUCCAUGGAUUGGUCCAAAUAAUAUUGGGGUAAGUCUACAGGUGUGAAGCUUGCAGUUUUGAACCUGUUCGUUUUGAAAUCGGCUGUUCUUGCAGCAAAAUAAUUUAUUACUGGCUCGUGUCCGGCUUUGGUUUGAGUCUUGAUAAAAUAUUAGAUCUAAAGCUAAAGAAUUUUUUUUACGCGAAGUUUUGAAUUAUUUUUACUUACUGUUCAACAAGUGCCAAUAGGUAGGAGAGAUGUCCCCCAGUAUAACACUGUCUACGUUUAUUGCGUUUUCCUUGCGUUUUCUAAUAAUUUAUCAUCUCGUGAUAUGAUCAAAAUGUGAUAUGGUCUAAGGUUGUCUUUUUAGCUAUUUAUUACACUAUAUAUAUCAAACAUGGGAGUUUUCACAAUGGGUAUAGCGUUCACUUUGAUACUUAAAUCACUCAAGCAUAUUGCAUUCUACUCUGGUACCUUCCCCCAGAGGAGUUUGGGACGUGAAUAGAGAGUUAUUGUACCAUUUCAGUCACAUCACCUACUUUAUAUUAUUGAGGUUGUCUCUAAAUAUCUACAGAUUUUUAUAUUGUUAUGAAAAAGGUUAUUGUUCAUUGUGGUAAGGUACAAUAAAAUAAACUGAAGUAUUUACAUUUGUCUUA